ACAUUUUUAAACAGAAAAAAAAUGGACAUGCAAAUUCCAUUGAAAACACUUAGUUUGGCCUUAUUUUUGUUCUGUUUUUCAGUAGAGGCUUUUCUACUUCAGGAUCACCCAACACAUCGGAACGCGUCAGAGGAACAGAAAGUUCUUCAAAUCUUAACAAGAUUACUUCCUUCUCUGACAACCCAUCCAGAAGUUGUUAUGAACGAAAUAUGCAAGACUUAUCCUUCGCUCAUCAUUCCACAUCCGGGCGAGUGUCAGUUGUAUUAUAAUUGUUCUAAAACGUACUCACAUGUCCCUAAUAAUAUGGAACAACAUAUGAUGGAAUGCACAUACCCAGAUCUCUUCUCGGAGAGGACGCGUCGUUGUGAAAAUUUCACCGAAGUCUGCUGUGGUGCAAGAAAGGAGUAUAAAGACAAAUGUUCCUAUCGAAUGGAAAAUGCUACUGGGUAUUGCUAUUCUCAAUCAUGUGUUGGGGACCCAGAUGGUAUGGUUGGCACAAGCUGGAAUUCGUACAAGAUGUGUCUCCAAGAGCGUAUUGUUGGUUUUGGAUCAUGUGAUGAAGGGCAUUCUUGGGAUGCUAAAGAAGUGCCUUAUAAGGGAAAGUGUACAGAUCGUUUUGAGGUACCUACAUCAGUCACCGGAGGUCUUUUACAGUCUUGCAACCAAAAAGCUGAUGGUGUUUAUCGCUUUAAUCAUAACAGUGCAAUGAUGAAUUUCGGCGAUUAUUUUGGAAUAGGCCGUGCUUGUGAUGCCUACUAUCGAUGUGACAGUGGCAAUGUAACUGUUGUCAGGUGCCCUAAUGGGACCGUGUUCCAUGCUGAUGUUGGUAGAUGUAAAUCUGGUAAUUCUUCUCUACCGCUAACUUGUCAAUUGUAUUGUAAUCCAUCUACAAGUAAGUUCUUUGGAGCCUUCCCAGCAAGGGUCGCUGAAUGUCCCCAUCCAUUGCAAUUUUCCGAGAAGACUAAUCAAUGUGAGAAUUUUACUGAAGUUAACUGUGGAUCACGAAAAGAAAUUAAAUAUUACUGUAACUACUGGUUCACUGCAUUCCUCAACCGGCACAUGGGAAACUGUGGUUUUGGUACUCAUCCAAGCAAUUGUUUGCAUCUACCUAAUGGUGUUUUUCAACAUCCUUACUCGUACCGUCUCUCGCAAAAAGCAUUUAUCCGGUGCUAUCAAAAUAGGUUAGUGGAAGAGGGUCAAUGUCCUGUUGACACAGUAUGGGGAACACAAACCUACCCCUACAAAGGUACAUGCACACAAAGGUUUGCUAUACCCUCAUCUGAUCCACGGGGAGUAGGACUACUUCCGAACUGUACUGGAAGGCCUGACGGAAGUUACCAGUUCAGUACGAGACCAUGUGAUGCAUACUAUAGAUGUAACAGCGGGAAUGCCACAGCAGUCAAAUGUCCAGAUCACACUUACUUUGACAGAAAUAGUGGCAGGUGUUCUUCAACUGCUGCAUGUUACCGGGUCUGAUUAAAUAAUCUUCUUGAUUGAUGGAAAUAAUACACAUGCAGUCAAGAUACACCAUUAAUUUCAAUGAAGUAAAAAAACAAUACAAUUGUGCAAAUGCUACUUUCAACCA